CGUUAAACCUCAUCGAAGAAGAAUGUCAUAGAAGAAGUGGUGGCAUGCUUGAAGGUUAGCGACACAUUUAACGAAAUACAAUAACAACUACUAGUGACACACAUACUGGGUAGCAAGUUAUACACUUAUCGUGUAGAACAUGGUAAUAUAUCUACGUUUGGAUAUAACAAAGCUACUACACAAGUCGCGUUGAUUCCAGCUAGCUAUGACCAGCCUGUCCAGCUACGCCGUACGUAUGGCGCGUCUCAGCGCGCGUAUCUUCGGGGAUGUGGCGCGUCCUACGGACGACAAGUCCAUGAAGGUGGUCCGGCUGUUCAAGGAGCCGCCCAUGGCCCAGAAAAAGGAGGUGUAUGACUGGUACCCUCAACACAAGAUCUACUAUGCCCUGACACAGAAGCUACGAUACAUGGGACUCUUCAG